AUGGAUCGGUCUCUCCCUUCAGCCAACAAGAUUCUAUAUAAGAAGUGGCAAUCAGACGAUAAGGAAAAGCAUUACAGGCACCUCAGAGAUGCUCGGCCAAUUGUUGAUAUUAAAACUCCUGGUAACUUCAGCCAUAUCAAAAAUAAAGCCAAGCGAGAUCAAUUAUUAGAAGGUUAAAUCUAUACAGAUCGCUUUACGGAGAUUGAAAGAGAAAACAGGAUUCUCCUUGAAAAAAUGCACAAUAUUUUUCAGACCAAAAAAUCUGUUGGCAUCAAAAAAAAUCAAAAAGGAUCAUUGAACUUUGGCUACAGAAAAAAGGUUAUGAAUCAAAUUAAUACAGAAAAUAGGCAGCUGCUGGCAAGGUUAAAAAAUAAAUCGUCAUGCUAUAGCGCAAGAGAGUGGGAAAAAGACAGAAAAAAUACAGAAAAAAGAUUAAGAAGUAUGGGAGAGUAUCCAUAUCUGAUAGGGAAUAGAGGAAACAGCUCUUUGAAGCCUCAUAGAAUUCCGCCUCCACCGUCUGGUAUCAGCUUAGUUUUCAAGCGAGAAAUUCCGAUCAGAGGAAGAUGGUUUGUAAUUGAGAUUUUUAAAAUGAGCUCUAUGGUAAAAAUAAAAGUUGAAGAUAUUGAGGAUGGUGAAACUUUUAGCUUGAAAUUAAGAUUAACUGACGCUUAUGAUAUUAUGGGCGGAGUUCCUAACUGGGAAGCCAUAAUUCGACAGCUUGACUUAGAAAACGGUGAGCUAGUGCUAUACCAGGCUCAAGAAAACUCAUUUUCUGGCUUUGGAUAUACAAAUAAGACAAUUGGACAUAUUGAUCUCGAGGACUUAUAUGGUUAA